AUCAGGUAAAGCUUUAAAGCAGACACAGCCAAAUGAGGACAGCCAGAAAUCCCCUGAUUCAAGAGGACAACUGUUAGAUGCCAUUAGACAUGGUGCAAAUUUGAAAAAAGUGGAUACAGCGGAGGAUAGGCCAGUUUCCAGCAAUCCAAUUGAAAUGGAUGGCAUUGUGGGCGCUUUAGCUAAAGCUCUGGCCAGUCGUCGUCCAGCGUGUGUCAACAGUG